UCCCCUCUUUCCCGGAGCCUGGGCGGAGAGGGAGGAAAACUUCCUGGCCUGGGCUCCGGGCCGCUCCGUCCGCCAGCCCCGCGGUCCCGCCCACCGGCGCCUUCCCUGGCUCCCCAGUGUCCGCCAUGGCCAAAGCCUACGACCACCUCUUCAAGUUGCUGCUCAUCGGGGACUCGGGGGUGGGCAAGACUUGUCUGAUCAUUCGCUUUGCAGAGGACAGCUUCAACAACACCUACAUCUCCACCAUCGGAAUUGACUUCAAGAUCCGCACUGUGAAUGUAGAGGGGAAGAAGAUCAAAUUGCAGGUCUGCCCCACCCUGUCGCAAGAGGUAAAUUCUUGGCAGGGGGACUUCUCUCUUUGGAGAGCGAUCCCCUCUCUCCUGCCCCACAAAAUAUCCCAUUUCUUCAGGGAUACAGCCGGCCAAGAGCGAUUCAAGACGAUAACUACUGCCUAUUACCGUGGAGCCAUGGGCAUUAUCCUAGUAUAUGACAUCACAGAUGAGAAAUCCUUCGAGAAUAUUCAGAACUGGAUGAAAAGCAUCAAAGAGAACGCCUCUGCUGGGGUAGAACGCCUGCUGCUGGGGAACAAGUGUGAUAUGGAGGCCAAGAGGAAGGUGCAGAAGGAGCAGGCUGUCAAGCUGGCUCGGGAGCAUGGGAUCCGAUUCUUUGAGACAAGUGCCAAAUCCAGCACAAAUGUGGACGAGGCUUUCAGUUCCCUGGCCCGGGACAUCUUGCUCAAGUCAGGAGGCCGGAGACCGGGAAACAGCCACAAGCCCCCUGGCACUGACCUGAAAGCCUGUGACAAGAAGAACACCAGCAAGUGCUCCCUCGGCUGAGGACCCUAGGCCUGGAGGCUGAACCUGAGGGAGGCGGGGCUGUGGGUGGGCAGGGGAGAAACAGCAGGUGGGACCUGGAGGCGCUAGAGGUAGGUAGAUGGUGGAAGAGUAGGGAGCAAAGGGAGAAGAGCGCGGGGAGGCGAGGGAAGGAAAGUAGGGAGACUGGAGAGGGAAGGAGGGGGGAAGAGGAGGGAGAGGCGAGGGAACGGAGGGGGCGUGGGAAGGGAAAGAACCGGCCCUGGGUGUCAGACCUUCCCUGGGCUUCUAGGGCACACACACAUGUAAAUAAACAGGCGAUUUGCUGUUACUGGA